UUUUUUUUUUUUUUUUUUUUUUUUUUCUGCUGUUUGUUUUUUUUGCUGCUGUCGAUUUUGUUUGUUCUGCUGUCGGUCUUCUUUCUUUCUGUACCCUGGUUUUUGGUUUCUGUUAGUUUAUUUUGUUGGUUCUCUGAAUUUGUCAAUUGAUGCAUAACUCAUAAUACAUCUGUUAAAUAGAAACAAUUGUAAUGAAAGUAGUUCUUUCUCAACUGACAGCCUCAUUCACGACAUUGGUGACCCUCAUCGCCUUUCCUCCACCUCCAUCUCCCUUCAAGCGACCGCUUCCGUUUCUCUCUACAGAUUUGCAGGUUUUCGAGUGAAUUUUUCAAGAGUUUUUCGAAGAACUGAGUUGGAACAGGUUCCAGUGAGAUUUCGGGUUUUUAGUUCAACUCGGAUCCGACCGAAAUCAAAUGAAGACCUGACCGAAAACUGAGUACUCAGUCGAAAUCAACCAAUGUUGGCUGAAAACGUCUGGUCAAAAGUGUUUUCGACCGAAAUCGAUUAAUUUUUAUCAAAAUUGAUGGAAAUCUUGACUUUAACCAUAAAUGGCAGAGCAACUAAAAUUUGUAGACUCUCACAACGUUGCUGGAUAUCUUAUGGAUCCACUUCCUGCACAUCAAGAAUUCAAAUCCAUGAUGGUGGGUUUGAACAACUGCAUAAUUUCUCAAGCUCUUCGUGUUAAUCCAGUCAUCCAUAAAGAUUUGAUUAAUGAGUUUUGGAAAAAUGCUUCAAUCAACAAGCUCGGAGUAGAUGGAGCUGGUACCAUUGAAUCAAUGGUGAAAGGAACACAAGUAGUAAUCUCUGAACAAGUUAUUCGAGAAGUACUUGAAUUUGGUGAUGCUUCUGCAUUCCCAAUUGAGUACUCUGCUGAUCAAGUCAAGGAAGUUCUAGAGAAGAUGUGUUAUAAAGGAGCCUAUCCUCCCACCAUCAAGAAGCUACUGCCACCUUAUUGGAGGUUCCUGGCACACUCAUUUGUGAUUUGCAUUUCUGGAAGGGAGGAUUUGAUGAAAUUAGUCAGACUGUGACCUCAGCUAUUGUCGCUUUAGCAAUGAACUGGGAUUACAACUUUUCAAAGUUUGUUUUUGAAGAAAUGAAAAGCAACCUUCAGGGGAAGAAGGACCUAUUUUUGAUGUAUUCCAGGUUCCUUCAAAUGAUCUUUAAUGAAAAAUAUCCCCUAAUUGAGAGGUCGUCUGAUACUUUGGCUAUGAAGCAAUCAAGAAAGGUUGCCAAAGUUGCCUAUCAAGGACUAAAGGAAUUGGUUAAAUUUGGAAAGUUUUCUGAGGUUGAACGCACUCCGGCUGUUAGUUUAAUUAAUGCUGAGAUUGUCGAGAAACACAUGACGCCUAAGCCAAAAUUUCAAUUUGCCUUUGAAGAAAUUGAAGUAUCUGAUGAUGAAUAAGAAGACGAUCAAGAAAAGGAAUUGACAGAGAAUGACUUUGAGGAUUUAAUUCAGCAAAGUAUUUCAAAUAUAGAAGAGGAUGCAGUUGUCACACCUUCUGCUAUGACUGAAAGAGAUCGUGAUACAACUGUGCAAUCCUCCGUACCGACCCCUGAACAGGUGGAUGCUCUUAUUACAGAACUUCAGCGGAUUGCGAGGAAGCCUCCCCAAACAGUUCCUGUCAUAAUUGAACCUCCAUCUGAAAAUGAUCAAGAAGAUUCAGCCCAAACCCUACUCCCAAGAAAGAGAAAAAGAAGAGAUCCAAGGUCGGGAGUGCUUAUCACAAACCCUGUUCAAAAUAUAUCUACACCGAUUAAGCCUAUUCAUAUGGCUCAAGACAUUCAAAGCCCGUUACCCGAGUCCACUCCUAUGGAUCAGGAUUUUCAAAGCCUUAUUAUUGAAGAAGUCUUUCCCUCUGAAGGAGCUCAAGCUUCUGGAAGCUCCUUUGAAGCCCCCGAGUUGGACAUUUCAAAUGGCAAAAGCAAGCUGCCUGAGUCUGGAUUUGUGGAUGUCGCUCUGCUUCAGAACAAAGUUUUUGAUUUGGAACAAAGCUCAGUUGAAAAGGAUUUGAUUAUUGGAAGACAAGACAUUCGAAUCAGUGAGCUUGAAAAGGAGAAUUCCAUUAAAGAUGCAAAGAUUUCAGAACUUCAAGCUAAUCUUGGUGGUCUAACUGCUUUGUUCUUUGAUCUGAAACAACGCUUACAUCAAAAGUUUGGUGAUGAAUUUCAACCUUUGAGCGCUGAAGGAGAAAAUAUUUCUGCUUCUUGUUCAGGUGCUGCCGAUCCAACUUCAUAGUCUUCUAGUGAAAGAGCUGUAAGACCUGCUCCAGAUGCUAACCUUGAUUCAUUUUUAUCUUCGGUUCCUGUUACUGCUCAAGAAAGAAGAGAGAAACAAAUUAGGGUUGAGCAGCUGAAAGAGAAAAUGAUCGUGAUGAAGCAUUGAAACCAAAAUGCUCCAGGUGAUCAUCUUGAGAUGUUCUUUAGGGAGUCUGGGGAGAAAUUCAUAGAUAAAUAUAGGGAUCGUUCUGGCAUCGUGAUGUGGGGAUAUGAUGCUGAAAAGAAAAUGUGGAUCGUGAAGCGGAAAAGCGGAUGGAUUGAAUAUUAUGAGAAGAAAGUCGACUUCUUGUCCUGGACAAAUGUUGAUCUUUCUGAACUCAUCCAUGCACCUUUCUACAAUUCAACUAAUGAUAUCAUGACCAGGUCUUUUAAGAGUUUUCUUGAAGUCAAAGCGAAAAAUAACUUUGAAGAUUUGAAGACUGCUUCAUCGUUCACUAAGAAGGCCAAGGGUGUCAUUGAUCCUCACACGAAAAAAACUCUGGUGAAUGUCAUGUGGCCUCCAACAAAGCAAGCCAAACGAAUUCCUCUUCCCAAACGUUUACCUGAAGGCAGGCACUCUGGAUACAAUGCAAUUAUGGGUUUUUGAUGAAUCUACUGCAACAGUAGUGAUCAAGCUGAAGAAAAACGAGUAUCGUAUUGUUGAUCCCAAAGACUUGUUGAAGUUUGGAGAACGCGAUAUCCGCACCUCGUCAAACUUUCAAAUAAUUGUUGUGAAUGAACUUUUUGAGGCUGCUGCAAAAGCCUUCACUGGAAUGGUAGCUACUAUUAUUGACAAUAAGCAGUGGGUGGGAGCUUUUGACCAAGUGGAUGUGCAUGUCGUAGAUAAACCUUAAAGAGAACAGAAAGCAAUAAACCAAUGGGGAGAUUUGUGUACUAUAUUUUUUGGUUUAUGCUUUGUUUUUGUAUGUAUUAUGUGUUCUCGGUUUUGCACUGAAAUCACUAGUGGGAUUAGUGUGUUUUCGGUGGAUUUAUUAUAUUUGGGCUUUAGGUUAUUGGUUUAGUAUAAAUAUGGUUUGUGUAUAGCUGUUCUAAGGUAAUGCGUUUUGGAGUAUUCUAGUGACUCACUAAAGGAGGUUGAAUGUACUUGACAAUUGAUCAAUAGAAUUGUGUGCAUUCAUUGAAA